AUGGAGAAAAGUGAGCUCGAUCUGCAAAUAGAUUCUUCAAGGGCCGAGUCGUCGCAGGAAAGUGAGCUUGGUAGUCUUACCUCACGGAAUAAAACAGCUCCAGCCAGUGACAUUGACAUCGCCACCUCUUUCACUUCGGCGAAUCCUGGCGUGACGCCCGGAUUAAAGAACUGUUACCCGACAAAAGCCGCCGUCACGAAACUUGCAGGACCUAGUAAGCUAGCCGUCAUUACGUUACCGGACAAACAUGUGCCAUCUGGGUCUCGCGUCAUCGUGUGGGCAACAAAUACUUCCGACCGGUACCAUGUCAGCGAGAUCUUGGCAGGUUACCCAACGAGCUUGGACGACGAUUUCAUGAAUGCGCGUGUUGCACACAGCUGUCGAGAGUCUGUGUCUCCCAAGGACUACAUCUACAACUCUGUGAUUCUCAAACUGCUAGUAAUCAAGCUGAAAGCGGUCAUUGAAGCAGAACGGAAGAAGCGGCCCAAGUCGAAGUAUUUCAACCCCGUGGCACCGCGACAGCAACACCGAAGCCAUUGUUGCAUAUUUGCCUGGUGGAACGCCACGAUUUACAAGGAGCUGGCAAACGAAGUGGUGGUACAGCUCUAG